AAACAAAUGGUGAAAAUUCUAUAUUAGUGUAAUUUCUACGAUAAAAAAAAAUUGGAGCUUUAAGUAAGAAUCGUAAACGUCUGGGCUUACAAGCAAAUGAACAAUAAUACCUUUCAAUUGUCUUCUAUUUUUGGCUAUGAAAACUGGGUCACAAUAAAGAUAAGUGGGAUAUAGUUUGCUUAAAAGCGAUUACGCAGGUCUCAUCAAAGACCAUCGUACACGCGACCGAAGAACAAACUCACCCAAUAUGGGCAAAUCGGGCUUUUGGGCAGUACAAUACGUCCGAUUGUUGACAUGCGACUGAUAAGCAUCGUCGCGCCGUGUAGCUGAAGCGGCGACUGCUUGAACUACACGAUAGCUUGUAGCGAGCCUUGGGGACUGCGAAGGGGUGGAAAGGGGGACGUGGGACGCCUGGUUGACCACAUCCACCGACAAUGACUGGACUGUUAUAGACAGUUUAAUUGCCGGUCAUUCUGUUCUGUGACCGGGAGGUGUAUAAAAAGGAAUGAUGUUGUGACAUCCCAUCAGUAGUACUCCUGUGGUUGUGGGCCAAACUACGUCUAUCUUUUUACUACACUUCUGUUCAAGUGAGAAGAAAAUGUCACCUUCGGCUGUUUUUCUAAUCUUCCUGAGUGCCCUGACAACCGUGCGAAUGGAAUUUCUUGAUGAUGAGUACGAAGAUUCAGAUGAUCUAGUCAGUGGAGCGCAAACUUUGGUUCGUCAAUCUCGAAGACCUCCACAUUCCUCCGAUUUCGAUACGUCCAGAUUCAUAAGGCGACCUCGACCUAAACAGAUGAAUCCGGAAUAUUUAAAAGAAUUAUUAGGAGAUAAUUUCGAUGCGAAAUAUAUGUCAAUCGAAGAACCGAACGUUGUAGAAGAAGUGGAAUCGGAAGUUCCGGAUGAUAGAUUCCAGAUGAUACACAUGAGAAAAGAAAUGAAAAAAUUUAAUCUGACACAAGAACUCGUAGAAGCUGGAAUUCCAAGUGAUGUAUUCGACGUGAUCGAGAAAUGGCUUUAUAAACGCGGUUCUUGUCCUCUAGUGCACAAAUGGCAUAACAUAGGACCAUUUUUCUGGCCCCCGUGGAUUAGAAGAGCGGAAUGUCUUGAAAAAUAUACCUUCUGCUCGUGGCCCAAUGGUAUGCAUUGUGUUCCAGCAACCAAUAUUGGUUUAACUGUUCUCCGGUGGCAAUGCAAAGAAAGGAGGCGUAAAGCAAAAGGGAGGAAGACCGCUCGCUGGGCUUCUGAUCUUUCUUCUGCAAUUCGUUUUUCAGGGAAAAGAAGACCAAAAAUGAGAUGUCAAUGGGUACAUGCGAACUAUCCUGUUACAAACGAAUGUAUGUGUACUUGUUAAGACUUUUAAUAGUGUCGGAUUAUCAAAAAAGUAUGGGAUAAAGCGGAUAUGGUAGGCCUAUAUUCACUUUAUAAUAUUACGGUAUAGUGGAUUUUUAUCUACUUAAAGUACCUGAACAAUGUUUCAUAAUUUAGUUCUUCGUGUGAAGAACGAUUUAAUUUGUGUUGUUAUGUAUGAUGAAUUUUUGUGUGGUUGAAACCAAUGGUUGAUAAAUUGUUUAAUAAACUAUUUUGUU